AGACAGACUGUAGAGUUUGUGAUUGCCUGCAACAUCAUAAUAUGGCGGUUGUUAGGGGGAAAAGAAUACAUAAAGAAAAAUAGUCUUUAAAUAUGAACAAAAGGACGGAGUGCAGGGCAGGAGAACAACCAGCCCCCAGGACAGGGCAGGAAGCCACAGGUACAAGCGUGGGGGAGGAAAUCAGCCUUUAGAAUAGGACUUAAUAGGACCGUCUCCAGAUGCAUCCAGGGCUGGACUGGUACGAAAAAUGGCCCGUGUUCCAGAUUAACUGGCUUUGGUCGAACGGAUGUGUGGCAGACUUACGUUUCAGGAGCUGCUAUCGACAAACCAUCAAAUAAACACCAAAUGGGUCAUCUGUGACACUUGUGAGAUAAGUAACAGGAGCAGAAGAGUCUGGUGGAGCAACAGAAGCACAAAUUUAGCCAUUUGGACUCAGCUCAGCCACUACAGAGAAAACAAUGACUUCAACACAAAAGGACCAACAUGAGGCAAAAAGUCAGCGCUCUCAGGAGGCCGACAAACCUCACAGAAGAAAGGGAGAGAAAACAUACAGCUGUGAUGAGUGUGGGAAGGAUUUUACCCGGGCUGGAGAAUUAAAAAGACACCAACUCUUCCACAGUGGAGUUAAACCAUACAGCUGUGACUUGUGUUGCAAGUCUUUUACCCUGGCUCAAAGCUUAAAGACACACCAACUCAUCCACAGUGGAGUUAAACCAUACAGCUGUGACUUGUGUGGAAAGUCUUUUACCCUGGCUCAAAACUUAAAAACACACCUACUCAUCCACAGUGGAGUUAAAGCGUAUAGCUGUGACGUGUGUGGAAAGUCUUUUACUCUGGCUGGAGGUCUAAAAAAACACAAAGUCAUCCACAGUGAAGUUAAACCUUACAGCUGUGAGUUGUGUGGAAAGUCUUUUACUCAGGCUGGAGGUUUAAAAAUACACCAACUCAUCCACAGUGGAGUUAAACCUUACAGCUGUGACUUGUGUGGAAAGUCUUUUACCCGGGCUGGAUGCUUAAAAGCACACAGACUCAUCCACAGUGGAGUAAGACCGUACAUUUGUGACUUGUGUGGAAAGUCUUUUACUCUGGCUCAAAACUUAAAAACACACCAACUCAUCCACAGUGGAGUAAAAGCACACUACUGUCAGUUUUGUGGAAAGUCUUUUAAUCAGGCCCAAAACCUAAAAACACACCAACUCAUCCACAGUGGAGUUAAACCUCACAGGUGUGACUUGUGUGGAAAGUCUUUUACCCUGGCUGACAGCUUAAAAACACACCAACUCAUCCACUCUGGAGUUAAAGCAUUCAGCUGCAACUUGUGUGGAAAGUCUUUUACCCAUCGUCAAGGCUUAAAAUCACACCAUAUCAUCCACAGUGGAGUUAAAGCACACAGCUGUGAGUUGUGUGGUAAGGCUUUUGCUCACAAUAGCGACUUACAGAGGCAUCUAGUUACCCACUCUGGAAUUAAGGCGUACAGCUGCCACUUUUGUGGGAAAAGUUUCAGUGAAAAAAAGUACCGAAAUAGUCACCUACGGAUUCACACUAGAAAUGAUGUUUACUGCUGUGAUCAGUGUGGGAAACCAUUUCCAACAUAUGCACAGUUACAAAAACACAUGUUUAGCCACACUGAGGAAAGACCUUACAAAUGUGACCUGUGUGAGAAGACUUUUAAAUCUCCAGAUUACCUGAAAAAACACCAACAGAUCCACACCAGAAAUUAACUCUAUAAGUGCAGUUACUGUGAGGAUGUAUUGAUUUUUAUCUUGUAAUUGUAACUCGAGUGUUUGGAACAAGUCUGAUCAGUAAACUUAUGGAGUUAUACUAAAUGAACUGUUUGGAAAAAUAAAGAGACAUUUUCGCCCAGUAA